UGAUUGUUAUCAUAAUUAACUAUUUAGCUGGAUUCCUCAAAACGUAAUUGAGCUGUUUCUUCUCUAUAUAUAAUAAUGUCUCAGCAGCAGCAAAAUCUUCAUGAGGUUUUGCAAUCUCUGCAGAAACCAGAUUUCAAAUCAUUCUCAAUAAGACAAUAUGUUCUUGCUUAUCGUCAGAAAGAUUUCUUCCACAACUGGCCAUUUCCAGAAAAGUACUUGCAGAUGUGUCUAAGUCACGGUAUCAACGAUGCCUUGCCACCAUUUGAACCCCACCAUAUAGCUAUUGAAUCUAUUAGAGGUCUUAGGCGUUUGAAUUGUUCCCGACAAAGUAAACAAAGUAUAGCUAGUCCCGUCCAUAGAAUUCAUCAAACCACUGUAGACCAGGAGGCUAUUUCGAAAGAGGAAUGCAAUUUGAUCAAGGCUGACGAAACAGUAUCCAAUAUUUGUGGUGACGCCAAAGAGGAUCGCCAUCUAUCUCUUUCUAGCAAUACGUGUGAGCAUGAAGACAAUGAUAAUCACCUCAUUUCUGAUGUUACUUCUAGUAUCAUAGUUUCCAAAAAUCAACCUUCUGCUGCCAUGUCAGGAUCGCUCCUCCAUGAUCAUCAGUGCAAUGAGACAAUGAAUUCGACCAAGAGGCUGAGAGUUAAGCGAAGAAGGCAUAAGGGAAGGCACAAGAAGAAAUCAGUUGUUGAUAUAUUAUCUGUCGCUAAGCCUUGUACAUACGAGGAUCCGUUAAAGAUGAAAAAUUUGUAUUGUGGUUUGAGCAAGCCCGAUGAGCGCAUGGUUGAAGAAAUUGAAGAGGUGACUGAUAUGGAGAAGUCCGAGCUAACGGAGGAUUGCUUAAAUUAUAAGCUUCACACAGGCAAUUGUGAAGGUGAUAUCGAUACGCUAAAUGGAAAAGAACGGAUAGCGAAUCUCAAGUUCAGUGGCUGCAGUUCAAACUCCUGUAAUAUGGAUCCAGAGAAAAAUGAAAAACAAAUGCAUAACUAACGGUUCCAGGUUGCAAUCAUCUGCAUCAUCAGUCUCCAAGUCAAAUGUAGCGCGAUCGAAUUCAUAACUCGAAAGAGAUGAUGGGGAGACUAACUCAUACCCGUUGGUUUAUGUGACGCGAUCUCGUUUUUAGUAGCACCUGAUAUCCCAGUUUUUCUAAGUAGAUUUUGUUCUUAGAAUUCACAAUUCCUAGUUAGAGAAGGAUAGUAGGAAAUAGGGUAGCAAUUACAUACAUGUACCAUUAGUGU